AUGCGUUCUGGCUUGGACGAGGUCAAGUCGUUCAGAAUAUUGGUUAGCGCUUUCAGAUCUUUGCGUUGGAACAACUGGGAGAUUGUAGCUUCGGACGGCAGCUUGAACUCAGGGCGUGUCCUGGUGGGCGAGAGCAGCGUGGAUCGAUCGGGCGUGUCGAAGAGACGUUUGGACGGCGUGAAAAGAGCGGCUGUGGGCUUCAGAUCAGGUUUGGGCUCGGGCUUCUUUUGUUCUGGCUCAACGUUUUCCUUUUGUUCCUCAACAGUCUCUGUUGGCUCUGAUGGGUCAACUUCUUCGUGCGUUUCUGGACUGGCAGACUUUUCCUCCUGCGGCUCAGGCUUCGACCGCGUGGUACGUUUGCUCGGCGACUCUGCGCGCUUAGUUGUCUUUCUCUUUGCCAUGACGCGAAACACAAAAAAUCAAUAUUUACGUUUCUCAGGUUGCACCUGUUCGAAAAAGACCGCCACACCCUUGCACCAUAAACACAUUCAGGUCAAAGUGGACCACCAUGCCUCGGUGAGCACGCCGGCCUCUGUUUUGAACUUCAUCACCACUCCGUACGACGCAGAAACAGUCGCCAUCAGCGCUAGUUCGCGGCUCAGAAAAGAAGUGUGGAUCGGAUCGUCUCGGUGCACAAUGUCUCUGUACAGCUCGUAA